GUCGUUACAAUUUGCAUGGAUUUAUCUUUCGAAUUCAAUGAGUAUUAACGAAGAGAUUGUACAAGUGGCCCUUACAAAAUUUUGAAAUGUAAAAUUAACCAGACAAAUAUUGGCUAAAUAUGUGCAUGAAGUUUUAUUGGGUUUGAUUAAAACAAAGCUCCAUAAGCACUGCUAUGUUUUAUGAGGUCUUAAAGUGAUAUCUAGGACACACACAUUUAAGGCAGCAUGUCCAGACCCAGUAGUUAUAUUUGUAACAAGAGCAUCAUGGAUGAAAGCGACAUUGAUAAGAUGAACAUGGAUGCCGCAUUUGAAUGGCUAGAAAAAAUGGAUAUUUGCCACAAACUGAACUCACUAGAUGAGAUGAAAGACCUCAUUCGAAAAACACUAAAGACGCAGCCAGACCAGUUCUCACAACAAUUUAAAGAUACGAUCAACACAGAUGUUUCCAAAGCAUUGACACAAGACAAGGAGAUGAAAAGAAAGUUAACAUCCAUAUACGACACAUUCAUUGAUGAGCUCAAACAAUUACCAAGUGAUGUCGGGGCGUCCUUGGAAACAGAAUUCGGAGAUGUUCGAUCGAAACUUAUUAUCAAUCGGGACAGACUGCGUCUAAUGGAUUGCAUAAUCGUUGUUGCAGGUGAAACGAGUGCGGGUAAAACGAGUUUCCUGAAUCUUUUGCUGGAAAAAGAUGUCCUGCCGUCAUCUCACUUGGCCGCAACAUCUAUUAUAUGUCGCAUUCAUCCAAUACCACCUGCAUCAAAACGCUAUUUUGAAGUGCACUUCGCUGGAAAGAAAUUCAAGAAGUACACUGUUUCGGACCGAGAUGACGACGAUAUGAUUGCCAUGUUAAAGAAUGAAGUGACCUGUCGUGAUGCCAAGUAUGAUGGAGCUAUAGUGGACCUCUAUUGGCAGAUACCUCUUCUUGGAGAAAACUAUCACGUUACUAUUGUGGACACGCCUGGUGUUGGUGAAAAUGAGCCCAUGUCCGAGAAAUUGUACAAGUACCUCCCAAAUGCGACUGCCUUCGUUUAUAUACUAAACAGUGCAAAUGCUGGUGGGGUUCAAGAAGACAAGUUGAUACAGAUAUUCCGGAAGAUAUACGAGAUAGAAAGAUCAGAAGAUCUGUUUAGAAUGGAUCCACGUUGCAUACUGUUUGUUUGCAAUAAAUGGGACAGUGUUGAUGAAAGGUGUCGCGAAACAUCUACUACGCAACAGCAAGUAUGGGACGACACACUGCAGAAGUUACAAAAAUACAUACAACGUAGAAACUUCCCAUUGGAGAAAAACUUGUUCAAGAUGAGUACAUUUCAGGCUCGCCGAUAUUUAGAUAGCGACAUGGGUUAUAGUGAAACAUACCAGCAGGUUCUUGGUGGCCUAGGGCGAUUGGUAGUGGCGAGCCAAGUUGAACAUAGUAACCGACACUUUUGGUAUGGUCAAUAAACAAUAAGAUACAAAACGUAUUUUUAUUUUAUAAUUUAUCGUCUUCUCACAUGUUAUUAUUUCACCAUAACCUGGUAUUCAAGUCGAUUCAAGUGAAUGUAAUUCAAAGCAUGCGUAUAAAAUCUGUGAUUGUCAAACACAGUAAACACUUUUGAUUUUAAAUUUCAGAUCAAUAAAACAUAUUAUAAAACGUUGUUAUAUUUGUAAAAUUUAACUUGCAUUAAGAUGUUGUAGUAUUAUUAAAUCGUGUUAAGUAUUUUUUAUAUUUGUAUAUUAUCAAACUUUACAUACAUUAAAUAUCAGGAAUGCGAUUUCUCAGCUCGCUUACAAAAAAGUGCACAUAUUGGUAUAUCUCGAUGCCCGUCGUCCAUCCAUGAUAAUGUAUGCGCAUAUGUGGGUCCGUUCGUGAACGUUUUUAGUCUAUAGUGUUAUCUAGAGUAUGUUACAUCAUAUAGCGUUUUUCCAGGGUUAAACAUGGCCAAGCCGAAUAUUACGACUUUAUUAUUAAUGUACCUUCGGACAACGCUCAUAUGUAUAAUAUAAGUUUGUUACAUUAGAAAGUGAUGCUAUACACUGUUAUGUCCCUCGAGUCAAAGUUUCAAAUAAACUUAUCUAAAAGAUAUGCGCAAAUUGUACCUGUGUCGUCAAAAGUAGCCCUUCAUCAGAGGUUUUGAAUCUAUGCCACUGGUCUACAGUUUAUAUUUUGAGCAUUUUGGGAUCCUCGUGAUUAUCUUGCUGUUUAUACGCCUUUUUAAAUCUGAUUUAAUGCAAUUACAGUAAUAAAAUCAAUGCUUAAUAGUGACCGCUCCAAGGCGGUGAUCUCAUUUGUUAUUAUAUGUAUACUCACAUUGUGUUUUCUGUUAUACUUGCUAUAGACUCUUAGUUUUGGAGUUUUAGGAUAUGCUAUACAAAAUACUACAACGUAUUGAUUUGUGCUGGGUGAAUGUGGUAGCCGAUAUCCUCGUACAUAUUUUUACUGCUGUCAUAUUUCGGUCUUAAGAGGCUGUUAGCAGUGCAGAUAUUUUUCUUAUCGGGAUUAAUCAUAUUUACAUCUUUUUACACAAAUCUUGUUUUAAAAUAUCUGUACAUACAUAAUUAGGUUUACACUACAAUAUAUACUAUUCGAUUUGCGCGUCACGUUUUGGCAUUUAUGUUUUCAUUGUCUGUCUGAAUAGGCGCAUUUUGUUUGUGAAUACUUCUGGGAUAAGUGUAGGUUCGGCUAGCUUUAAAACCGGUUUAAAUCCCUAUGGCUGUGCAUUUACCGAGUUGAACAAAUUAAGAAGAGAACUUCUUAAAAUGUUUAUUGAUACUAUUAAACCCCUUACCCUUGCAAUCGAAGGGAAUAAUAUUUGUAAUGAGUUAUUUAUUACAUAAGUCUAUAUAAAUCAAAAUUUACACCCUAAAAAAAUACAUGAAUUUUAAAAGAUAUCAAUCUAGCCUAUGGAUAUAUUUGGUAUUCAGAGUAGAUAUUGUGCCUAUGUCACUCGGCAGCAGCUACCACAGGUGGACGGGCACACUGCUUCUCACCUGACACUCAACACUUAUAUCUGUUUUGCGGGACCUUGUCCCAGCAACACCUUGCUUAGCGUGUCUGCUGGUCGAUACGAAGUGAGGAGGCGGGCACGUGUCGUACGACAAGCUGGAAGUUCUUAGAGAGAUGGACGUUGCCAAAAUUGACCGAAGCCCACUGAAAAGACCUGCUGAGGACAAGGCCAUGCUUGCGGGACGAUUCACGAACUGACGCGUGAGCUCAAGCGCUACCGAUGGGAUAAGCCAUGGUAAGAUUCAAGGCUUCGGAGAAACAUCUACAGACAAAUGGCAUAACAUUUAGUUUAGCGUGGAUGAUCUGUACAUCGCAACGAGGUUGUUUUGAUCAAUAGGUAGGAGGUUAUCAAAAGCGACAUCACAUGCAUUCCAAUAUCCAGCAGGCUCAACUCAAUCCUUAUCUCAGUGAGACCUGACAACAUCCAUAUUAAGCAGGUCUGGGCUCCAAUACAAGGCUACGAAGACAAGGUGAAAGGUGAAUUUUAUGAAGAGUUUUAGCGCAUAAUAGCAACGAUCCCGAAGAAAAACAUCCGUAUAGUACAAGGCGACUGGAAUGAAAAAGUUUGAGCAGACGCUUACUACCAAUUAAAAGUAAUAUAAACAUAUUUGGCAUAAGGUAGACCAACGACAGGGGGUAGAAACUGCUUGAGUUCUCCGUAAGCCACGAACUCACCUUGGCCAACACGCUGUACCUACACAAACCGUCCAGAAAAGCGACAUUGCAUGCUCCGAACGGGCAAGUGCAUAUCAAGAUCGAUUUAAUAUUGGCGCAGCAAAUGAUUGUCUCCAGCAUCGAAAAGGCGAACACAAGAACGUUUCCUUGCGCAUAAAUCGACAGUAACCAUGACUAACCACUUACCACCAUCAAAAAGGAAGUUAAACAGAACAAGGUCAUCACUAAGAACUGUCGCAAUAUAUUUGAAUUGUGGAAAUUGAAAGAUCGAAAGAUAGCAGAGGCUUUUCAAGCACAGAUUUGGAGCAAUGCAAAAACAAAUCUGCUACGACAAAGAGAUGGCAACAAGCUAAAGUAAAAAGGCAUUUAGACCCUAACCAAUAUCAUCCACCCAUAGCAAGUGGUAAACCUUACGGGAAUCUCCAAACCGAGUGUGUCGUAGUCCUGAGCAGGUUGACUAAAUACUACAGCGACUGCUAUCACAGCCCGCUUCGACCAGACCCCGGUCAUCUUCAGAACGAUUCCAGACCGUAAGUGGACGACGAUACUUAAGAAAGUGGAAGAAGUAGUGCGCAGUCUUAAGACAGAGAUAUAAGCAUGGAAGAGAGGCAAAGACUAAUCCGAUAACGGCACUAUGCCAGAAGAUCUGGGGGGGGGGGAAGAAGUGAUUAAAGGAAUUUGCCCAGUCUUUAUAUCCCUAUCGAAAAAGGGCAACAUGAAGCUUGGCCAUCCUAAUAAAAAUAAGCUAGGCAUCACCAGAAGAGUAGGCUCGAUUUAGGGCUGGGUGGAGCACAGUAGAAUAAAUCUUCAACUGGGGAGUCAUGAUUGAGAAAAAUUGGCAAAUUCAACUUAAUCGACUUUCAGAAAGCAUUCGACCGUGUGUAGCAUUAUAGCCUAUGAAAGAUUCUUAUAGGCUUCCACAUUGACAAAGGACUGUUGCAAGUCAUCAUAGACAUUUAAUGACACGCAAUCAUCUGAGACCACCACAUCUUAAUCUCAAUCGGUGGCGGACAUAACUCUAACUUGAAAUUUGCUGAUUAUAUUGUCCCAAUGGGUGGCACCAGCAGGGAGCUCCAGUACCGCACUAACAUAAUCUCUCAAAGAGCAGGCGGGUUUUGGAUUAAGGUUAGUACAAAGGAGACAAAGAUCAUGUCGGACAGCACGAACGACAUCCCCAUACACGGUACUAAGCUGGGAGAGGUGACCAGAUUCAAGUACUUGGCCGUAUCCCUGUCCACGCAUGACACUGGUACAUGUACGUCAGUGGUCAAUGAAACAUAUUCAGUUGGAAUACACGAACUUUAUUUAUUCAAACAAUAUUAUAACGCAGAUGAUUGAAUGGUAAUUUUAUGUUCACAUAUUGAUUUAUUAAUAUUAUUAAUAGUUAUCCACUACUUUUAUUUAUGAUACAUCAAAAAUGCUUCCAUUGGUGAUGUUUAAUACAAGUAAUUAUAACAUGUACUUCUGCCUCUAAUUGCUUGUCUUUUUUGAAUAGGGUUGCGUAUGUCAUAUGUUUCUUGUCAUUCGACCAGAAUAUUUCCAUAACUAUUUUGUGUUUCCCAUUUCGAACACUUCCCUUAAUAUAUUACAUGUUCAGUCGUGUCAGUAGAUUUAGCUAUACUGUUAAGUAAAUUGUGUUAAGUUGCUUUGUUUUCGUUGAUAUCAUUAUUAUUAUGAUUAUUAUUGUGCACACUGUGCUAUUGUUUUUUAUGACUUAUUUUUUUACGAUUUCAAAAUUUGUAUGCCUAAUCCUAAUACUGAUUAAUUUUUUUAUUGAAAUAAUGUUGAGUUAUGUAUAUUUUUAUAAUAAAGUUGAAUAACAGAAUAAAAAUUAGCAUAUGUUUUACAAAAGGUUGAACCAAUAUGUAGCAAUGUUAUAUGUUAAAUGUAUUAUAUUUCUAAGAAAAAAAAAACAAGUUUGUAAAAUUCAUGUAAUUAUAAACUGAAUGCCUCCAACACUGGCUUUUGACGAGAUAUUUAAUUCCAAAAAAGUGAUAUAGCCCAUCGAUGGCAAUAGCAUCUUGUAAGAACUUUCAACGCAUGCAAUGAUAUUUUAUCGGCUUUAAGUUUCUUUUCCAGUUCAUGUUCAUGGGUUCGAAACCUGAUCAUAGAUACAUUACACUUAAUAUCUUAACAUUGAAAAAAAUUAGGUAUAAUUGUAAAGAAUAAUUGAAAUUGUCAUAAUCAUUUAUUCAACCAGUCAUGUUUACAAUUAAUAUUACAAUAAAGUGCAUGAGUUGUAUAAACCAUGUUAUAAUCAUUACUUUAAACGUUAUUUUUUAUAUUGGCUGAUGUCUGAAUAUAAUAAUGAUGUUAGUUAUUAUUACCCUAAGGAAGUUGAAUAUUCUUCAAACGGUUUGUUUACGGUUACAUCGUACAGUUACUUUAUCUCAAUUUUUUGGAUGCUCAUUGUUUGCACUAAACGUAUUCAUACAUAUGUUCAUGUCUAGAAUAUGAUGCGAUACAUAUGUCGAUUGAAUGUCGAAUUGUUUAUUUAAAUGUUCAUAUAAAACAGUUAUGUUAAUUUUCUACCCCAAACAAUUCAAAAUGUAUUGGUAUUAAUCAAACCAUGUCAGAAAAUUUGUAGUCCCUAAAAUCACAUUAAAUUUGAGUCAAAACCCUGUAUAAGCAAGAACGUUGAAAAAUAAAAACAAUAUGGCUGUGCAAUUUAUAACCCAGGUAGCGUGUUGUAAUUUAUACCUCAUUUUAAUGAUACAUUUGUUGAAUAAAAUAAUUUUGGAAACAUGUUUAUAUGUAUUGAUUGUUGUCAUAUUAUGGUGUAUGUAUAUGUCGGUUGAUAUUUGACUAUAUCUUUAUGGUGUAAUAACAUGAAAUUUCCUAGCAUGUUUAUCAUAACAAUUCGAUAUGCAAUUACGUUAAGAAAGUCAUAAAUACAAAUGACAUGUAUUUAAGUAUCUAAGUUUACAUGUAUUCUAAUAUUUCAUUAUUAAACUUGAACACUUACAAAAUGUUUCUUACACUUAAUAUAAAUGUCUGUUCGUCUAUAACACUGUUCUAAUUUAUUCAGCAACUUAACGCAUAUUAAAGCCACACACAUUACCUCUGACUUUGAAAUGCAAAAAAUAUUAAUCAAUACAUAUAGCUGCAAUUUAAAAGCGUGUAAAAUUGUCAUUAAAUCUAUAGCCUAAUUAGCUAUUUAUAUAUUAUUUUUCAAACGGUACCGCGUUUAAAACCGAAAGUAUGAUUUCUAGACGUAUACGUCCAUUCAUUUCAACAAACGGGAUUAUUUUUAAGUUUUAAAGCGCAAAAAACGGAUUUCUACAAUGUUACCACCAUAAAUAUUCUAAUUGGCAUAGAUACAAUUGAAUUUAUAGCCUAGUUAGCAAGUUAUUUCAAACGGUACCGCUUUUAAAACCGAAAGUGGGAUUUAUAGACGUAUACGUCCAUUUCGACAAAUGCGAUUAUUUUGAAGUUCUAAAGCGCAAAAAGACGGAUUUCUAACCUUGUAACCACAAGAUAUAUUCUAAUUGGCAUAGAUAAAAUAUGUCUCUUAUUUAUUCUUAAAUUUACUAUGUCAAAUAAGGUGUGUGGCUUUAAACGAUUAUUUAUUGGUUUACAUAGUUUAUAUAGUUUAUAUAGCCAUUAACAGAUAUGAGAAAGCCAUGAUGUAUCUCUAUAUUAAAGUAUCAUUCUAAAUCAAUUAACUUAUUUAUAUAAAAAAUUUGCGUUUUCAAUCAUUCUGUAUUGUCAAAUUAUGCCGUAGUUUUCACGAAUGUUAUUCAUGACCGAUUUGAUAGCACAGAUCUAUAAUUCUGCGAUAUUUGACAACAAAUUAUGAUAAAACAUUGUAUACUUCAA